GAAUAUUUUUCCAUAAUUACAUGAUUCCUGUUCUUUCCCUCCCCUCCUACCUCCCCUUUCCUGGAGCCAAAGAGUAAUUUCACUGGGUUUUACAUGCAUCAUUGUUCAAAACCUAUUUCCAUAUUAUUAUUUGCAAUAGAGUGAUCAUUUAAAAUCAUCAUCCCCAAUCAUAUAUAUCCUCAUUGAACCAUGUGAUCAAGGAAAUGUUUUUCUUCCAUGUUUCUACUCCCACAGUUCUUUCUCUGGAUGUGGGUAGAGUUCUUUCUCAUAAGUCACUCAGAAUUGUCUUGGAUCAUUGCAUUGCUGCUAGUAGAGAAGUCCAUUACAUUUGAUUGUACCACAGUGUUUCAGUCUCUGUGUACAACAUUCUCCUGGUUCUGCUCCUUUCACCCUGCAUCAUUCCUGGAGGAUAGUUCACAUGGAAUUCCUCCAGUUCAUUACUCCUUUCAGCACAAUAGUAUUCUAUCAUCAUCUGAUACCACAAUUUGUUUAGCCUAGGGAAUGCAUACCUAGGACCUCCCGUCUCUAGGCCUGGUUCUCAAUCCACUGAGCUACCCAGCUGCCCCCUUGGACCUGCCUCUUACAGGUAUGUGUUCUUCAACAAGUCACUCUUUCACCAGGCCUUGGUUUCCUCAUCAAUCAAACGGGGUGGGAUUAAAUGACUCUUAUGAUCUCCUUUCAGCUCUAACCUCCUAUUUACCAUAUCCCAAAGGUCUUUCUUUCUAGUUCUAGUGUGCUUUAUCUAUGACAAAUCAAUAAAGAUGGUGUUGGGAAAGCCCCAGGAUCUCAGCUCUGAUUUUAUCUAAUUAUAAUAAACUAGGGUUUCUUUAAGGUUGAAAUUUCUGUUUGUGUACAUGUAUAUGCCUGUCUGUCUCUGACUGUCUCUGUCUCUUUUUUUGUCUCUCUUAAUAGCUCUCUCAUACACAUACAUAUAUAUGCACAUAUAUACAUCAACUAUCUCAGAUACAUCCAACUCAGUUCAUCAGAUCUUUAUGCAUUCCCAGAACAUUCCAUGUUCUGCCUCUGUGUCUUUACUUUGACUCUUUUGCUUGGAAUGCUCUUCCUUCUUAUCUCUUCUUGGAACCCCUAAUUCCAAGGCUCAAAGACCAUCUCCAAUGGAUCUUUCCUGAUCCUACUCUUCAACAUUAUUCAUGUAUUCUUACCUUCCCAAUUUACUUUAUUAUUAUUUUUUUUAAACUCUUACCUUUCUUUUUAGAGUCAAUAUUGUAUAUUUGUUCCAAGGCGUAAGAGCAGUAAGGGCUAGGCAAUGGAGGUUAAGUGACUUGCUAGGAAGUGUGUGGGACAAAUUUGAACCCAGGACCUCCAUCUCUAGGACUGGUUCUCAAUCUACCUAUUAUUUUCUUUUAAUACUUAUUUAUUGAUGUGUGUGUUGUUUUCCCCCAAGAACAUGUAAGCUCCUUCAAGGUAAGAUCAAUUUCAUUAAUAUCAGGAAAUGUUAUUAAUUAUUAAUGGCAGACUAUGGGCUUAGUGGGCUAUAGAUAUUAUAACUGAGCAGAACAUAGACUAAUAGAGCUGGGAGAGACCUUAGAGACCAUCUAGGUAAACCCCUUUGUUACAUAAGAAAAGGCCAACUGAACCUCAGAGAAAGGAAACUACAGAUUUAGGAAAUCUCAUCAACUCAAUUAUAGGGAGAGUAGGAGGGAGAAUAUAUGAAUCUGAAAAUAAAAUAAAAUUUAAUUUAAAAAAGAAUCUCAGGGUCUGCAAGUUUUCUGACUCCAAUUCCAGUGCUCUUUACAGUAGGGGAGAUACAUUGUAAAAAGGGAGCUCUAUCCAUAUUGCUCUGAAUUCAUAUGCUCUAGGAAGAUUUGAGGCUUGAAUUCUGUGAUGUCUCAGCUUUAUGCUUUCAAACAAAUAGUUAAUCAUUUUUGAAGUACCUACUAUGUGCUGGGCACUGAGGAUGAAAAGACAAACAUCCGAAUAGUUCCUUCACUCAUGGUGCUUAUAUUCUUUCAGGGGAAACAAAAUAUACACAUAUAGAGAGACCAGAGAGUCCCCAAGAUAAGAAGUAGUCACUGACAUUUGGUCUAGUGGAAAGAGCCUGGAUGAACAUCUUUCAAUCCUGUUUGUUAUUUAUCUCAUUUAUGAAUUUGAGGAAGUCACUGCCCCAUUCUAGGACUCAGUUUCCUCUUGGAUUUAAGGAGGAGAUUAGAUUAAAUAAUGUCAAAAUUCUAUCCAGGUUAAAACCUGUGAUUGCUACUUUUAAUGUCAUUUCUUCUCAAGAGCCAAUGGCUGGGAAAUAGACAUCAUUGCCUUGUUCUUUGCUGUUAGAUUUCUUUCUUGACCUCUCUUGUUACUCCUGGGAGACCCUUAAGAGGGUAUGGACUUGGCUUUGCAUCAUGGUUGCUGAUGUUUGACUCCCUGCUUGACUGGUGCUUGGCUGGUGAAUAGCUAGUCAAGCUUAUUGGAAGGUGGUACCUUAGGGCACUGAUGUUGGAGCAGGUUCCCACAUUCAGGUGAGCCAUUCUUGCUUGGUGAGGCUGUGUUUGGGCCUUUACUUGGGGAGCAGUUACAUUUGUUUUAUGGUCUGAGUAGGGCACUAGUGUGAGAUUUGUAGAAUUGAAUUUUCAUACUUCCAUUUAUCAGUUCAGUGUUGUCUUGUCGCCCCAGCAACUCUAAUAGGUUGGCAGAAGAUUUUAGUUUGCUGCUGUAAAGAAAUACACUAGACAAGAAAGAGAAUGGGGAAUAAAAACUUCUAGUGUUCUGAGGUACUUUCCUGGACAUUGAGUGGCCUAUGACCUGGGGACCAGUGACAAGCUUACAUUUCUAUAGCAUACCAUGGUUUUAUAGAUUUCUAAUGGGACCUUUUCCAGGCAAGGAGAGUGAAUAUUAUUAUCCUGAUCUCUGUCCCUUAUUACUUUAAGGUAUUACCUUAAGGUAAUUAAGUCAUUUUGCCCAAAGCUUUUGCUUUUUCCAGUGUUGCCAUGCUGCCUGCUUGACUUAUCUACACUAGUUGAAUAGCUAGUUGUUAGAAUCAUAGGAUCUUAGAUUUAGAGCUGAAAGGAAAACGAUUUUAGAAGUCCUCAAGAGUGACUUCUUCAUUUUACAAAUGAGGAACCUGAGACCCAGAGAGGAAAGGGGCUCAAUCAGGUCAUAGGGGUAAUGUGUGUCUAUCUGAGUUGGACUCUAAACAGAUCUCUGACUUUGUCUAGUGCUUGGGGUUUCCUGAUUCCAAGUACUGUUAUCUUCACUGUAUCAUUAUGCCUUUCUUUUAUUACCUGUGAAAUGAAUUGAAUUGGACCACUAAGAACCAUUUGAGCUCUAACAUUCUAUGUUCUAAGGACCUUUCCCCUUCUCAGAUUCUAUUGAGAUCCCUAUGGCCCUACAAUAAUAGCUAGUGUUGAAAGGUUUGCAAAGUGUUUGUCUUAUGCAUUCUCAUUUGAUCCUUAUAAGCCUGAUAAGGUAAAUGCUGAAAGCAUUAUUGUUCCCCUUUUAUAGAUGGGAAGACUAAGGUAAUAUACUUAGUAAAUGUUAGAGGCUGGAAUUAGAACCUUUCCUUCUCUCCUCCUCUACAGGAAAAUUAAUGGCAAAGGGUGAAAUAUAUGCUAGGGUAGAAGUCUUGGUGUUAAUUAAGGUUCCUACCCAUUAAAGACUUGGUAGUAAUGGAAGGACUGUAAUAUUGCAGUGACUCAGAGCAGAUUAAGUUGCAAUCUCCACUUAAGAUGGUAGAAUCUGAAGGAGGGGGUAGGAAAUUUUCCAACUCAAUUCCUUGACCUGGUUGAAGUAGUCAUCUACUCUGGUCAAGCAGCCUCAGUUCUCACCUCUCAUCAGAAUGAUGGAGAUUCCCUUGAGCAACCAUGAUCCUCACCCAUUCCCUAUCAGUUUCCUCUCUAGCAUCCUCACCCUCCCAAAGCUUUGUUCCUCAUCCUUACUGAAGGGCCCUUCUUUCUUUCUCCUUUUUCAUGAUAAAUGACAGUAAACAACACUUAUUAAUCUUACCCAUUCUUGUUGAUAAUAUCCAAUAUCCCUUUCAAUUCUGAGUUUGUGAUUCAAUUGGCACUUGCCCUAGGCCCAGUGGAGCCUUCCAUGAGUAAUAAAAGUGUGCAUAAUAAUAAUAAUAAUAACUGGCAUUUACAUGAAGCUUUACGUUUUGCAAAGCAUUUUACAAAUAUUACCUCAUUUGACCCUCAUGACAAUUCUGAGAGGCAGGUGUUAUUAUUAUCAUUUUCUCCAUUUUACAGAUAAGGAAAUUGAGUCAGACCAACAUUAAGUGACUUGCCUAUGAUUUAUAUGCUAGUCUGAGACUAGAUUUGAAUUCAGGUUGUUCUAACUCCAAAUUUAGCACUCUAUCCACUACAACAACUAGCUGCCUUUUGAAGAUACCAGAGAAAAGCAGAGGUUGGGCAAAGUAAUGAUCCUCUGCCCACCAGGAAAGAGAAAGCAGUAGCAGAUUCUGAAUUGUUUACAUCAUAAUGCUUUCAGUGAUGAGACACUUUCCCCAUGUUCAUGCUGAUCUCUUCUUUGAAGUAUUAGCUUCUUUGAAGCUAAUUUUACUGCUCUCUUUUUGAAAAGUUAUUUUCAGAAUUUUCUAUGCAUUUUAAAGGUUUUUCUCAAUGGAUCCACUCCUGUCUUUUGUUAAAGCAGAGGACUAGAGAGUCUCCCCAAGAAAGGUCGGGACAGCGGCGCACCAUGCCCAGCAACCUUUCUGAUAGGAGCCCCAGCAUGGAGCCUUCAGCUACUACACCAUUCCGGGUCACGGGCUUCCUCAGCCGCCGGCUCAAAGGCUCCAUCAAACGGACAAAGAGCCAGCCCAGGCUCGAUCGCAACAACAGCUUCCGCCACAUCCUCCCUGGGUUCCGGAGCACGGACAAUGAGAGAUCCCAUCUGAUGCCGAGGCUGAAGGAAUCGAGGUCCCACGAGUCCUUGCUCAGUCCCAGUAGCGCAGUGGAAGCACUGGAUCUCAGCAUGGAGGAGGAAGUUGUGAUCAAGCCUGUUCAUAGUAGCAUCCUGGGCCAGGACUACUGCUUUGAGGUAACAACUUCUUCAGGUAGCAAGUGCUUUUCUUGCCGAUCUGCAGCUGAGCGUGAUAAAUGGAUGGAGAAUCUUCGUCGAGCUGUGCAUCCAAACAAGGACAACAGUCGGAGGGUGGAGCACAUGCUGAAGCUCUGGGUCAUCGAAGCCAAGGACCUCCCAGCCAAGAAGAAGUAUUUAUGUGAACUGUGCCUGGAUGAUGUCCUUUAUGCACGGACUACAUGUAAACUAAAGACAGAUAAUGUCUUUUGGGGGGAACACUUUGAAUUCAACAACCUGCCACCGCUCAGGAAUAUCACGGUGCAUUUGUACAAGGAGACUGACAAGAAGAAGAAAAAGGACAAAAAUAACUACCUGGGGCUGGUGAACCUGGCUGUGGCCUCUGUGUCAGGGAGGCAGUUUGUGGAAAAAUGGUACCCUGUAGUGACACCCAAUCCCAAGGGCAAGAGUCCUGGCCCCAUGAUUCGCAUCAAGUCUCGAUACCAGACUGUCAGCAUCCUCCCUAUGGAGAUGUAUAAGGAAUUUGCUGAAUAUAUCACCAACAAUUAUAUGGCUCUGUGCUCAGCGCUGGAACCUGUGCUCAGUGUCAAGAACAAGGAGGAGAUGGCAUCUGCCCUGGUGCAUAUCUUGCAGAGCACUGGGAAGGCAAAGGACUUCCUCACAGACCUGAUGAUGUCCGAGGUGGACCGUUGUGGGGAGAAUGAACACCUCAUCUUCCGAGAGAACACUUUGGCCACCAAGGCUAUUGAGGAAUACCUUAAGCUGGUGGGCCAGAAGUACCUGCAGGACGCCUUAGGUGAAUUUAUCAAAGCUCUGUAUGAGUCAGAUGAGAACUGUGAGGUGGACCCCAGCAAAUGCUCAUCCUCAGACCUACCUGAACACCAGAGUAACCUGAAGAUGUGCUGUGAGCUAGCAUUCUGCAAGAUCAUCAACUCCUACUGUGUCUUCCCACGGGAGCUGAAGGAAGUCUUUGCCUCUUGGAGGCAAGAAUGUAGUAAUCGGGGCCGACCAGACAUCAGCGAGCGCCUCAUCAGCGCUUCCCUCUUCCUGCGUUUUCUCUGCCCUGCCAUCAUGUCCCCUUCCCUCUUCAGCCUACUCCAGGAGUAUCCGGAUGACCGGACAGCUCGAACAUUGACCCUGAUUGCCAAGGUCACACAGAACUUGGCCAACUUUGCUAAGUUUGGCAGCAAAGAGGAAUACAUGUCCUUCAUGAAUCAGUUUCUGGAACACGAGUGGACAAACAUGCAGCGGUUCCUGUUGGAGAUCUCUAAUCCAGAGACCAUCUCAAACACAGCUGGCUUCGAGGGCUAUAUCGACUUAGGGCGGGAACUCUCCACUUUGCAUUCCCUGCUCUGGGAGGUCAUUUCUCAGUUCGAGCAGAGUACGGUCACCAAACUUGGACCUCUGCCUCGGAUUCUGAGGGACGUCAACACAGCCCUUAAUAAUCCAGCCAGUGUGCAAUUGUCAGUGACAGCUGAGCAUGCAGCCUCUACUCCAAAUACAGGGGGCAGCAUCUCUGCAGGGCUCCAGAAGAUGGUGAUUGAAAAUGAUCUGUCUGGUCUGAUAGAUUUCACACGGUUACCAUCUCCAACCCCUGAAAACAAGGACUUGUUUUUUGUCACAAGGUCCUCUGGGGUCCAACCCUCCCCUGCCCGGAGCUCGAGCUACUCGGAGGCCAAUGAGCCUGAUGUCCAGAUGUCCAACGGCAGCAAAAGUCUCUCCAUGGUGGACCUACAGGACAGUCGGGUGUUGGAUGGGGGCACCAGCACCCCAGGGGCCUCGGACCCUCUCAAUGACAGCCAGUCAUCCACAGGGCAGCUACAGGGUGUUUGGACAGCCCGGACAACUCAGAACAGCCUGGCUGGCAUGGCCACAGUGCGGCGGGCAGGGCAGACACCCACCACACCCAGUUCUGAGGGCGCACCGGGCCGGCCCCAGCUGCUAGCGCCACUUUCUUUCCAGAACCCUGUAUAUCAGAUGGCUGCUGGUCUGCCUCUCUCGCCACGGGGCUUAGGGGAUUCAGGCUCUGAGUGCCACAGUUCGCUGAGCUCUCACAGCAACAGUGAAGAGCUGGCGGCCAGCAAACACAGUGGGGGCGGCUUUGGGAGCGCUGUGGCUGAGGACUUGGCCCGGCGCCCUGGGGAGCUGGCAAGGCGGCAGAUGUCGCUCACAGAAAAGGGUGGACAGUCUGCGGUGCCACGGCAGAACAGUGCCGGCCCCCAGCGGCGGAUAGACCAGCCGCCACCUCCUCCUCCCCCUCCUGUCACCCGAGGCCGGACACCACCUUCCCUCCUGAACACCAUGCAGUACCCCCGGCCAUCAAGUGGGAGCAUGAUGUCCUCCUCCCCUGACUGGCCAGGCAGUGGAGCCCGGCUCAGGCAACAGUCAUCCUCCUCCAAGGGGGACAGCCCUGAGAUGAAGCAGCGUACCAUGCACAAACAGGCCCCUUCACCUGUGAACCCCAAUGCACUGGACCGCACAGCCGCUUGGCUAUUGAAUAUGAACAUGCAGUUUUUAGAAGAUGAGAGCUUUGACCCAGACCCCAAACACAGGGAUAAGCUAAGGAGUAAAGAGGAGCUCAGCCAAGCUGAAAAGGACAUUGUAGUGCUCCAGGACAAGCUGCGCAUCUCGAACAAGAAGUUGGAGGAGUAUGAGAGCAGGUUCAAGUGCCAGGAGGAGACAACCCAGAAGUUGAUGCUGGAGUACCAGGCCCGGCUGGAGGAGGGUGAGGAGAGGUUACGAAGACAGCAGGAAGAUAAGGAGAUUCAGAUGAAGGGCAUAAUUAGCAGGUUAAUGUCAGUGGAAGAGGAGUUAAAGAAGGACCAUGCAGAAAUGCAGGCAGCAGUGGACUCCAAACAGAAGAUUAUUGAUGCCCAGGAAAAACGCAUUGCCUCACUGGAUGCAGCCAACGCACGCCUCAUGAGUGCUCUGACCCAGCUGAAAGAGAGGUACAGCAUGCAGACCCGUAACGGCAUCUCCCCCACAAACCCAACCAAAUUGCAGAUUACAGAGAAUGGAGAAUUCAGAAACAGCAGCAAUUGUUAACUCACUCCGAGGGAGGAGGAGCGCUGCCACUGCCGCCGGGCAUGGGGGGAGGAGGAGACAAAAGUAAAAUAUAGAAAUAAAAACCCCAGGAUCUCCAACUCAGUGCACCAGGGGCAGCAGGAGCAACAGCCACUUCAGAGAAUGGUUCAUCUCUCCCCUCCCUCCCCCCAAGACACCAGGCCGGCCGGGAUAAGAGCCAGCGUGUGUGACUGAUGCACUGUGGGGCAGAAGGCACUGCCUCCUCCCUCUCCUCUCCUCUCCCCUCCCCAAGAAGCUAAAGCCCAUGUGUUUGGGGGAAGGAGGAAAAAAAAAAGACUUAUCUGUGGGAGUUGUGUGGCCUAAGGGGGAAAAUGUUAUAUUUGAAAAAAAAAAUACCAGAAAACCAAACUGCAAAGUGUCACUGUUGGUGGAUUUCUUUUGAUGUGUAAAUGUUUAAAUCAAUGACCCUUUUUCUCUUGAACUGGACAAAUCUCCAAAUUCUCACAAGAGCUGAUAAUGCUUGGGUUAAUUUCUGUUAAGGAGAGAGAGGGCAAAAAAAUCAAGAUUUACUUCUAGCCCAUCUCCAGGACUGGGCCUGGAAUUCCAAGCCAUCCCCACCCUCACCCAGAUCACUGUUGCUCUAGCACUGCUCAGGGAAGAGUGCUUUGAUUCUAGCAGGUGGGUUUUAGUUAUUUUAGACAGAAAAGAUCCUAAAAUGGAGUGGACAGUUCAGUAAGGAUAAAUCCAAAGGAUUUCAGAGUUGGAAGGGACCCCAGAGGCUACCUAGUCCAACCCAUACCUUCACAGGAGUACCUUUUAACCAUAUUCCCCCAAAAGAAGCAUAUAUAGUCUUUGCUUGCAAUAUACCUCCAGUGAAGGGGAAACCACUACCUAAUGAGGCAAUUCAUUCCCUUGUUAAGAAAUCUGAUUGUUAGAAAGUUCUAGUGAACUGAAAUCUGUCUUUCUGUAACUUUCCCCCUACUAUUCCUAGUUCUUUUCUCUAGGGCCAGGCCAAAUAAGUCAUAAUCUCUCUUACAUAUGAUAGCUCUUCAGAUUAUUGGAAACAGUUACGUUUCCCCACCUCCAUCCCAACUGAUUCCAAGUUUGUUUUUUUUUAAUCCCUUACCUUCUGCCUUGGAAGUAAUUCCAAGGCAGAAGACUGGCAAGGGCUAGGCAAUGGGGGUUAAGUGACAUCCCCAGGAUGAAUUCUUAAGCCUCUCCUCUCUCCUUUUAAAAGCCUGGGAGGCAGUUUGCUCCUUUCCUCUCUAGAGUAGUUGGUGCUUUCAUAAAGGAGGAAGAUGCUCAAGAAGAGUUCCCCUCUCAGUGUAGCAUCUGUGGGUACCAUUGAGUUGAAGAGAAAACCACAAAUAGAGAAUUUCAUUUCUAGCCUUACUCCUCAUGUCUCCAUCCUAUUUUCUUCUCCCUUCUUCUUAAAUUGGUCUCCAAAUAGAUCCCACACAAGGACACUUAGUGGUUUAUUUGAAUUUGUUCCAGGGUACCAAGAACACAUAUCCAUAGUAGGGAAACUUACUCUCUCAUCCACCUCUCUGCUAAUGAAUGUGAAAGUUUAAAAUCCCUCCUCAGGCCCCACUGGUCCAAAACUUGAAGAUCCUUGGCCAUCUCUUAAAAAGUUCAAAGGAGGGUCAUGGAAUUUCAAAUUUGAAAGGGACUUUAAGUGUUAUCUUGCCUAACCUAUAAACAAAAAUACUUUUCAGCAUCUUAAGUCAUCAUCUAGCCUCCCUUUGCUGAGUUCUAUUGAUAAGGACCUCCUGAGAUAGCCAUCUCCCAUUGGACUUCCAAAAGUCACACCUUGAUAUGGAAGUUGCCAUAGUGAGGGGGGGGGAGGGGGAGUGGGGGGGGAAGGCCCAAUUGGGAAGGCCCAGCCAAACAUUCUUAUACUUUAUCUUUAACCCAGCAACAACUGGAUUUUUGUUUUUAUUUUGUUUUUAAUUAUGCCAAGAGGUUUUAAUGAAGGUUGACUAAUGGGGAGAACUAUGGAAGAGAUCAUGUAAAAGAAGUGGCUGGUCCCUUGUAAUCUAGUGGAAAGUGGGGGAAAGGCCCCUUCCCAUUAACCCAAAUUCCAAUACACUCUAGACCCUACCCAGUUUGCUAGGCUUCUGUAAGCCUAUGAAGCCACUGUGGAGCAUGGCCUUCAAUAAAGACCUCUCAAGCUGAUUUAACUGACCUUUACUAAGCAGAGAUGGAAAUUUGAUUCAGAGAGUUCUUGGCAAGGGGAACAAAGAAGAGUUUCACUUCCUGUUUUCCUCCCAUCCAUGCCGAUUUUUUUCCCUCCUGCCAUUGGUUAAAUAGACCCCACACAAGAAAUCUAGCACAUUUAGAAAAUGAUUCUCCCCCCCCAUCCAAUUCUUCAAUGCCUGAAAAGGGAAAACUGCUUCCUGGGAAGCUGUGAAGUUGUGUCAGAACCCUGGGUUAAAAUCCUUACUCUCCCUCUUGUUAUCUUUGUGACCUUGGACAAAUUCCUUUCUUUUUCUGGGUUGCCUCUUCAUCUUUUAAAUGCAUGGGUUGAACUAGAUCUCUGAGGUCCUUUUUCACUCUUAUUCCAAAAUGGUGUACAUUCCUGUACAGUAUCUAGGAGGUAGAUGAAAAGGGAGUAGAUUAGAGUAGGGAAAAUAUUGCUGAGUCUGGAGUUGAGAGCCACUUAACUAUUUGUGCAACCUCCGGCAAGGAAUUUCACAUCUCUAGCCCUAUUUACCUCUUCUGUCAAAUGAGGAGGGUUGAGCUAGAUGGCUUUCCAGCUCUAAAUCUAUGGUUCAGUGACCUGAGUUCAAAUCUUGGCUCUUACUACCUAGGUGACUGGGCAAGUCACCUCUUCUCUUUAGUUUCCCCAUCUCUAAAAUGGAAAGGUUAAAUCAGUUGGUCUCUGAGAUCCUUUAUUAUUCUUUGAUCACAAAGUUUCCCUCUACCCGAUUAUGAGAAAGUGCCCUUGACUCUGGAGUUUGGGCUAGCCUAUAAGGAAGCCCAAAGGUGUGGGUCUCCAAGCUCUUUAAAAACAGUAUCCCUUUUUAAUGUCCUAUGUGAAGUGCCAUAAUGCAUUUCUUGGAGACAGUCCAAGUGAGUUCCUUAGUGUGUUCCUCUGCCCACCAGCUUUAUUUAAGAGGUUCUUACAGAGAGUAUGUGAGCCAUGAGCUAGAGAAGAGAAAUAAUUAAUGAUGUAAAUAAUAAUCAUAGUACCAGAGAGGCCUAGGAGAAGAUUGGUAAUUGUAAUUUUUUUUCCUUUCACAGUAUGCAUUAGAAACAAAACCCGCUCGUUUUCUGGAAUACAGGCCCUUUAAAUUGAACGCACGCACUACAUGGGAAUUAAGAGCCCUGAAGGAUGUUAAACAUGAUCACCCAACAAGAACAGCAGCAAGGAGCCGGCAGGCCCCCGUGCACACAGCCCACUGGGCAGUCCGGACUGUACAUUUUCUCCUGCUCCCUACCCCAUCCCGGACCCAUGGGGCUCACACGUCCAGGGCCAGGGCUGGCUUUUUGUUCUUAAUUUUACUUUUCUUGUGUAUUGUGAUUUAAAGUCAGGACCUUAUGGUGCUGUCCCCUUCCAUCUUGUGUCAGAGAAGGUCUAGCUAGGACAGCUCCUUGGAGGUAGGACUGGAAAGAGAUCUUCUUUGGCCCAUGGUUUGGGACUCAAGCAAUUGUAUUUAAAGGGCCCACCAAUGAUGGGGUGGAGAUAAGGCACUGAAUCCUGCCUCUAGCCUGAGCCCAAGCCAAGGUGCCAGUGCCAACUCAGUGCCAACAGGGUCCAAACUGUAGACCAGAUCUCUCUUUGUCAUACCCCUGUUGAAGUUGGUCCAAGAGACCAGCCAAAGAGAAGGUGAUAAACCUCAACUUUUGGUCAAUGCCCCCUACCUUAAUUUUCCCCAGGAUUCCAAUCAUUCCAGAUAGGGCUGGCAUGCUGGGUCCCUGGAAAUCUCUGCUCUUUCCCCUCCCCCAGCUGCAAAUGCCUUUUGCUCAGUUGAUUUCCCUAUUCCUGGCGUGAUAAGACUGUGUCCUCCCACCCCAAAUCAGAAUUCUGGUUGGGGAGUAGGGAACAGGUACAGGUUCUUUCCACUAGCUGAAUCAGCUAACUUUGGAGAAGGGUCUGAAACCAAGGUAAAGUGUCCCUCAGAAAGGCACUAAAAAUCACACAGCAAGAAGGUUAGGCAUAACAGGGUACUCUUGACCAUGAGAGGCAGAAACUACCAUUUCCAUAUUCCUCCAAGACUGUCAUGCCCACCAAAAGAUUUCUGCUAAAGUGGUGACUUGGGGAAGGAGCAGAGAUUCUGGGGGGGAUAUUUCCAUGAAACUGAUUUAAUUCCAUUUCAUUUUUAGUCAGUGCCAGAGAGACACUCUGUGAUGGAUGGAUGCUUUGUCUGGCUAGAAGAUGAGGGGAUCAGAGAUAAAAGCACUAGGGUGGAGUUGAGAUAUGCUUCCUCCACUUUCCCCAUUCCCCAGGAAAUCCUGGGUUGUGGGGAGCUCUCCUACCUAACAAAAAGCCUUUGGGUAAACUUCAGCCCUUUGUGGAGAGGAGAGUUGCUGAUUUAGUUGGGAGUUGACUAGCAUCCUCCUACCCCACCUUUGCCCUUCACUGCCUCUUUACCUCCUUCAUCCUACAGGAGGACCUCUCUUCUGUCUGAGAGUUAAACCCUACCAACACAUCUGAGAGCCAUUCCAGAUGGGGAGAACUCAGAUACCCUUAGGCAGGACCUUCUGUUUUUAAUUUCCUGCCCUUCAUAAUAUUUAGUUCCCAAAUACACACUAGUCCUCCAUACUCAUAAGCACUCCAUUUCUUUUUUCCUUUUUGUUUUCAAAAAGAGAGAGAAGGUUUCUCCUCCUCACACCCCACCCCUAGAGUUUCUGUUUCUGAAAUGUGUGUCUCAUAGCAAUACCGGGGACCAAGUCCCCACAGCCAGGGAGAAAGUCAACAAGGGACCGAAGACCACUAUAUAUAACAUUCGUCACCUGCUCGCUCAUUCUCAUGCUCUCUGUGGCGAGAGCCUUAUCUGGUGCAAAAACUGUAAAGUGUACAGACUGUCCACCGAUUUUUAUCUUCAUGCAAGUCUGACAACUUUUUUUGUAAAUGUUUUCUUGGUGUUUGAUUGUAAUGUAACUAUUUCACUAUCAGCUGUAUAUAGUGAUUUGCGCCUGGUGCUGCCUUGCAGACAGGAUUGGGUUGCUGCUUGUAGAACGACUUGGAGUUAUAUUUUUUAUUUUCCCUCAUUAAAGACAAAAAUCAGAGUUGAGGAGCAGUAGGAGGGUUGGGAUUUUUUUUUUUUUAAGUUUGAGUUGAUUGGAGACAGCUGUGGUGUAGUGGGAAGUGCCAGAUUUAGAAGCAAGAAAGUUGGGUUCAAAUUCCAGCUCUGCCCCUUAACUAGUUGUUUGACUUUGAGGAAGUCACUUUCCUUCUCUAAACUUCAAUUUCUUCAUCAGUAAAAUGAAGAGGUUGGAAUAGAUGACCUCAGAGGUCCUAGAGCUAAAAUUCCUAGGAUUGGCAAUCUGUGGGGUUGGAACAAAAAGAUGUUCCCAGAGUAUCAGAACGUUGCCUAUAAUAAGAUCUAGCUUUUUAUUUAUUUAUUUUUUUUUAAUUUGGUGGUGUGGGCUUAGUCUUUUCUGCAAAGGGCCAUGUUUUUGCCUUUUCAAAAUAAGGCGCCAUCUAAGUGGCUGGCACACAGCACUGACAAUCACAGCCACAGGCCCCAUCCCCAUAGGAGUGUUCCCCCAGGAAUCUUGGUCCUGGGUAUUUUAGGAUUACCAGGGCUUUCUGACAUGGCCCAAGUGAGUCCUCUUAACCUGAAGAGCUCCCUCCCAGGAGAUCAGAUGUAGAGAAACUGGUAGUAGGCCAGCUUUGGGCAGGGCUAGAGGAAACCCAAUGGAACUGAACCUGGCCCAGGGAAAUCAACCUCUUCUAGACCUGUUGGAGAGGAUGCUGCUAUUCCCCUAUGAGUCAUCAGUGUCCUCCAUGAAGGGCCUCAGGGCCAUGGCAGAAGUUAGCAACACACCUGGCCAAAAAAAUGUCCCUAAGGAACCAAAUACUUCCAGCUAGGAGGGGGAGCAGGAGAGCCCAAAAUGUUCUCUCCCACCCACUGUGGUAGAGCUAAAUGGUUCUCUGCUGGGGAGAGCUGUUGGGUCCAAUAGCUGCAAACACCUCCUUACAUUCUCCCCUACCCCCCCCCCCACCUAGUGGUUUUUCCAGAGCUCAGAAGAGCAGACCAUCCCUGGAGACCCUGAUUUUGAUAAGCCAAAAAUAAAUGAGAAAUAUUUGAAAUUUCCUGGGCCAUUUGAAGAGGGGAGGGGCUUACUUUUUUGGUUCAGAAUUAACUGCCUAAUUUCUUGUAAAUGACCAUCUUUUCUCCAACUUCUCAGAAGAAGAAAUGGUGAAAGUGUCACACUAUCCAAUCCCAAAUCCCCACAGAGCAUCUCACAGACUCCUAAGAUAUACCUCUUUCCCUCCCUCUGUCUAUUUGCUGAAGCCCAGCCUCACUCUGUUUUCUAGAGACUCUUAUAAAGAAAAAUGAAAACAGGCUCACCCCCAUUUUGUAAGUAUGUGAAAAGGAAAAAAAAGUUUAAAAAAGCAAAAAGUUGAACUGUUGCCUGGAGUUUCUCCAGUCUCGACUUUUAAACUAUGUAAUAAUGUACAGAGAAAGGUGUUGGUGUUCAGAAAUUCCAUGUGGCUGUGCAAUUUAUGUACAUUUACAAUUAGAAAUAUUAAAGAUUUAUUUAGCUAUUUUAAGUCAAA